GUCAACUUACCAGCUUUACCUUGCCAACCAGGCCGCUGGCUGCAAGAGCGGUGUUGUACUCAGAUCGCUGUUGGAUUCCAACCUUUCGGCGCAAAAUACAAUUGGAAAUAAACGGUAUUCCGAUGAUUCUUGUGUUCGUUGUCGUUUCGCAUCAAAAGUGAAAUAAACACUGCGGCUUCUACAGAUAAUUUCUCCACAAAUCAUAAUAAAAGUUUCUCAAAUUCGCCCGUGUUGUGUGAUUUUUCGUGCAGUGACGAUGUAAAGAAUUUAUCCCCUUCAGAAAUUAUUAAAAAGUGAUCCCAAUGUUCGAACCAGGUUUUUUGGAUUUUAAUGAUUUCUGUUUUUGAAUAACCUGUCCAGAUGUUGGGUGUCUUGAAAAGACGUUGGAAACCUAAAAGGUCCAGCACACCCCGAAUAAACACAGACUCCAACCUGGACAACUCAAUCUGUGAGAAGGGAUCCCGUCUGGUGCCUUCAGUGAGACAAGUGCAUCCUUUGCUUGACGAGAAGGCACAUCCCUUAUGUGGUGAUAUCGAAUCCAGCCCCCCACCAUACCCAAAAAGGGCCAGUUUGGACUCCAACACUAGCCCCACGCAAUGUUGGGGGGCAUUCGAUUGCGACCCUAAAAGCCCCCAGUGCUACCCUCUAACGCCAAACAUUUGCGUCGAGGCUGGCAGGAUACAGUUUAUCCGCCAUGACAGUUCCGACACGACAACGCAGGAUUCCACACCCCCUGCCUCCCCAGUGCUGCCGCGGACGGUCGAGGCUAGAAUCACCGUCACUAGGGGUCUGCAAACCGACGGGGAUGUUGAUCAGUUUGCCGAAGCGAAGAAAUUAUUCGAAGAACGAAUCUCCGAACUUGAAGCUUCAUUAGAGUUAGCCAAGAAUCACGAGCAGAGAGAUAGACUGAUUAUAAGUAAACUGCAGAAACAAAAUGCUAAGAGGGAAUCAGCUCACAGGGAUGCAGAUCGUGAGCGAAGGCUUCGCAUUGAAAGCGAAACCCGGGCCAAACAGGCCAUCCAAGAAGCCACAAGGUGCAGAUCUAGACUCAAGCUGCUCACCACUGAAUUCGCAAAAAUGGAGGAGACCGUCAGAUCCAUGCUAGUCUACAAAAAACAAGCUGAGCAACUUAGACAAGAAAAAACAACACUCACUCUAGCUUUUGAGAACCGUUGUCACCAGUACCAAAACACCAUCUCAAGACUGAGCCAAGAAGUUGAAACCCUCCGACAUCAACUGGAACAGGUUGGUUAUGAUCACGACCCCGAAAGUUUGCUAGAGGCGCACACUGUAGCUUUACAACGACACGCCGAAGAAUCCAGAAAGCAGUACGAGAAAUGUCUGGACGACGUAGCUAACCAGGUGGUCAAAGCUCUCUUGGCGCAAAAGAACUUGCGUGAAGAAGUGGGUACUUUGAACGUCAGGAUCCAAGAGCUGGAGAACCAAAAUAGAGCGUUAACCUCGAUGUUGGUUCACCAGUUGAAAAGCGACAGCUACGAGUCUAACUGCAGUUUGCAGUUAGCCCUUCAAGACAACAACAGUUCCUCAGAUAACUCCCCUGUUAAUAUCGUCAACGCUAUCCCAAUCAAGCACUACAAUUCCUUCAACUCUGCUGUCCUGGAUGAAAGUCCUAGUGAAAGUGUUGAAAUUAAAACCACCGAUAAGCAUACGAGUGUCCACCAGACCUCAAACUUUGAUACAAAAUUUUCGCUAGAGGAUAAAAAACGUCAUCAAGUUCUGACGCAGUUGUGGACUGAGCUCAAAGGUGCGGAAGUAACACCGAAGAGGCUUCUGGAAGCUCUAAGCGCUGUUGAUUCUGCCCUUUGGGUGCCACCCCAAAGACCGGUCUCUCUCAAUUUGCAAUUGCCCAUCAUUACAUCGACGAAAUACAGAAGAGCGAGGCCCAUUUUAGCGCAGUCAAGUUCGAAGAGCGAGGAAGAGACUACCGGAAACGAGUCACCUGAAAGCGGGAACAGGGAUGAGGGGUACUCGACCAUGUCUUCAGAUGUUCAAACAGAUGUCACGAGGAGCUCUAACGACGGUCCAUCCGUGCAUAACGGAAGUGGAAGAGGACUAGAAGAUCUGAAGGAAGCAACGGACGAGGCCGCUGAAUCCGUAGAUACAAGAUUGUUGGUCACCGAUAGCAAAGAUCCGGAUAUUUUGUAUAUACCAUUGAACUUGCUGAACUUGAAGUCGAGAAACAGUUUUCCCCCUGGUAGAGACAUGCUCCCGUUUCAGCACAUCAUGCGAAGUUUCUCAGAUUCGCAUCUAUGCAUCAAAAUAACAACAGCUCCUAGUCCCUGCUACACAUUCAGCUCUCCGAUCUCGAGUAGUCCAUCUAUAUUUCUGGUGGACAUCACGGAGAAGAAGAAAAACGCCUUGAGAAGAGCAAGGGGAACGAGUACGCUUUGGGUGUUUUCCGUUACAGGCAACAGUAAUGUUGAAGCUUUCGAUGAAAAAUCAUCCCAAGUUUCAUGGUCGAGUGCCAUAGACGAUAGGUUAGAAUGCGCUUCUUGGGAUACGGAGUAUAUUCAACACUGGUUGAGAUUAGAUGAAACCAGAACUGCGCUUCAACAACAUAGGGAUCUCUUCGAGUUGGAGUAUGAUAGAACGGAAUUAGAAGACUGGAGUCUGAGCUUGUCCAAUGACGACCUUAGAGAAUCUUGGAAAAAAUCAGAGGCAACAACCCCAGGACAAAUCUCCAUAUCAACUCUGCCGAGCAUUCAAGAAAACAACGCUUUGGAGCUUGAAGAAGAUGCAAAUGAAUGCCUGUGGAACAACUCCAGCUAUAUGAUGGACAGAGAAGGUAGAGAACUGGUGACAUUCCUCAUGGAUACUUCUCAUUCGCAGAACGGAAAAUCAUGGCCCUACGCCCUAGCUAGUCCUAUGAAUCCACAAGCUUCCCCUGACAAUAGCUGGUCCAGCGGAGGAUCAGAUUGCCAUUCUUACGAACCUGAAACGUGUUCAAAGAGGUCAUCGGCAGCACUGAGCGGCUGUAGCGAUGAUACUGGAGAAAUUCCUGCCAUUGGUACUGAUUUCACUAGAGAUUUUUAUAGACUGGUCAAAUUCGAGAGUACGAAAAGCCUUGCGUCUACGUCUUCCAGAAGUGUUCAAGGCGAGAAUGCCGAUCGUGAGAUGACGCUCCAAAAUGUCCUCACUUUCCUAGCUGAGCAACAGAAAUACGCCCACUCCAAAGAUAAAGAACCCCGUCCUCGCUCCGCUAACGAGUUAAUAACCAAAGAUUUCGUCGAAUGUCCAGUAUUGACUUGCGACGAUUCGAAAAAUUCCGAGAGUCAUCUCAAGAACGAUUUCAGAGACGAGAAUUACGUCACCCUCAAACAGCUAUGCGAGGAGGCUUCCAUGAACGAGAUGAACCUGAAGGAGAAGAGGGAAAGCGAGGAAAUCCUACUGGACAUCAAACAGAACAUAGCUUACGCCCACGAAGUAUGCCUUGUAACGCCCUUAGACGUCGAAAGUGAGAACUGUUCAAACAUUUGUGAUCAACCUGUAGAUAUUUGUAGUGUUAACAUAGAACUAACUUCCGAUUUUCCGAACCCAGAUUCGAUAAAUGAGAGUGAAACGAAAUCGAAUCAAGACAAUAAUAAGAUAAAUGAAUCAUUGGAAAGUGAUUUGACCAAAUCUAGUGAUACUACGUCAAGUGAUAUAUCUGUAAAUAAUGGCAGUGAAUCUUUAACUUCAAGUGUUAGUACUCCGGAAACAAUAAUCUCUAAGAUACCUCGUAGAAAGUUGACGUCGUCAAAGCUGCCGCUCAGCCCGUCGAAGACUGCUUACAAUAAUAACGAAACUAAGAUACCAAAGAUUAAAGUACCGCAUAAAUCGCCGAAAUUGAGACCGCCGUCGCAAAAGCAAAAAAUCCUUCACGUUCAACCUAAAGAGCCUACCACGCAUCUGAUCACGUCGGAAAGGCUUCCGCAAAGUACCGCAGGCACCAUCAGCAACAUCAUCAACGGACCGCCCCACAGGGCUGUCAGUUUCCACGAAAGGGCCACGUCGAAAGACGUUAUCGACGAACUGAACAGGAUGAUCAAGAACGGGGAGGAAAAUGUCAUUCAGCAAGAGCAAGUAGAGCAGGCGGUGAAUGUCAGGUUGGAUCAGAGCUGCAAACCAACAGGGUGGAUACACGUUGAAAGAGACAUAGAUUUGACAGAUCCCAAGGCUAGAGCUAACCUCUUGGAUGUCAUGAUGGCUUCCGUUUCAAGUGAUUCCUCACCGACAUCAUCCUGUGGUGGAAGUGUCACAAGUGAAACGACCGAAGAUCCCCCUGACUAUGGACAUCUGCACAGAAUCCAUCGGUGUCACAGGCAGAAAAAAGCCAACGCGAUAAGGCCAGAAAUGGCGGUGGUCAGAGCCUCACAGGCCGUGUCUAGGCCUACCAUCAUCGGAAGAACGGACUUUUUCGUUAGGUAUGGGGAGAAAGAGAAAGAGGCGGUUGCAAGCUUCGAUUUUUUGGACAACUUGAGCACCAGUGGGAGCUCUGUGAGUUGCUCGUUGGAGGAUGAGGACAUAAAAGGCUGCGGAGACAUCAUGAUGCAGUUUCAAAUAACGCAGGUUUAAUUUAUUCCAACAUAAUUCGAGACAUCCGCUAAAAGCACUUUAUGGAUGAAGAAAUCACUCAUCAAUAAAAGAUGCAAAACCCAACAUAAAUUUUUUAUGCCAUUGCCACCAUAAUUCAGACUAAUCAUCAUCUAAUUUUUGAGUGAGAAUUGUCAUAUCUUCCUUAUUUCAUGAUGGAAUAAUAUAUCCUGGAUUAAAGUUUCGAGACAAAUAUAAUCCUUUCCUUUUCAUUUGAAAUUUUCAGAAAAUCGUUCUCGAUUAGUUGAAAAAAUCUCUGAAUGAUCCAGGAAUGUUUUCAGACAAUUUUUUUCACAAUAUUUCAACGGUUCAUUCGAUUUCUAUGGGUCAUCUUCGAAUACAUCAUUAAGUUCAUUCUACAAUUAUUUAUAUCACAACAUUUUCAGUACUCACUAUCUCGAUAAAUACGAAAUAAGUAUUCUUCUAAUAAUGACUACCUACAUAUUUAUUUAUUGUCCAUAUGUACAUUUUUUUAUGUUUAGGUUCGUAUUAUUUAUUUUCGAGUCUAUAUUGAUAUGAGACAAAUAAAAUAAAACAUAUAUUAUUAGAACGAGCUUAGUAUUUAAGGCUGUAAAUAUAUAUUAUUUUUAUUAAGAUUUUUCCCAAUUUUCGGGGAUAACUUUUUAUCUAGAUAACUCAAACGAAUUAUGUGUAGUACAUAUUAUUUGUACUUUGUGAUAUAUUGUAAAUUUUGAAAAGAAAGAUCUUGAUGUGUCUGUUGUAUCUUGAAAUUUUACUGGUGAUGUUCUUGUGGAGAUUGGGUACAUAUUCUAAGGAAGUUCGUGAAGUAUAUCAUGUUUUGAAAUUACAGGGUGGACUCGUUCUCUAAAUUAUACAAUAAAUACUGAAUGUUGUAAGGCUUAGUUGUUUCAAUAUCACAAUUCUGUGUCAGUGUAUCAAUAGUAUAUCAUUUAUUUGUUGGAUGUUCCCAAACUUCGACCUUCCUAAUAAUUAAUCAUACCUACCACCUUGUAACCUUCUGACGAGUCUACGCCAUCAUUUUUUUCAUUAUGGAGUUAUAAAAUCGAAUUGUUUGUUCAUGGAAAUCAUCCAUAUAUCACCAUCACAGUAAAACUUAAUAGAAAGCAUCAUAUAGGAUGUCUAUGUGUGUAGAAUGUAUUUUUAUAUAGGUACUCAUAUAAUUAGUACAAAAAUAGGUUAUUUAUGAUGAAUAUACACAGGCUGAUUUGUGGUUGUUUUUAGAAUCGAGGGGACUGUAUGCAUUAAUUGUUUCUGAAAAUGACUAUUAAAUAUAAAAAUCAAAUAUU